GUCCGCGUUACGCAUCGGCUAACGGCUUGGACGCCGCAUCGAGACGGAUAACAUAUACGCAUAGAUAAAAGAUUAAGUCUAAUGGCACCUAUCGAGUAUCGUUAGCAUUUUGUUCUCGCAGAGUUUUGUGACAUUAACCAAACACUCUAAGAGAAUUCUUUCGACAUUCUUAGAUAAAAGAUAGAUUAAUUAAGCUUAUUUAUUACUAAAAGUUGGUAUUUACUAUUUAGCUUUUAGUAUUUCAACAUUCAGUUUAAAUUGUCAGAAGUCGGAACAACUUUUAUAAAAUUAUAGGUUUGUGUGAAUGAACAUAAUCAAAAAACACUAUAAGAAGUAGAAAAUAUUUACAAUGGAACCGUUAAGGACAGCAAUAAAUGCCAAUUCUGGAGUGUUGACAGUUCCAAUUAUUAUUAAACAGGAAAAAAAUGUUGACGGAACAAACCAAAAUUAUGAACAACUAUUUAACAGAGUUGUGAAACAGGAAGUUAUUGGUGAAAAAAACGAUAAUAAUGAAGAUGAAUUAUUACAGACAGGAAAAAAGAAAUACAGAAUUGACAUAAAAAAGGAAUGUUUUGUAAAAAUUGAAGAAAAUGAUUAUUUUUUAAAAGAGAAAAUAGAUGUACAAAGCAGCAACAGCUAUAAAAGGACAAAUACUAGUAAAUUGCCAUAUAUAUGUGAAAUCUGUGGGAAAGCCUUUUCUCGAAAAUGUAAUUUAAUGACUCAUUCAAGGAUACAUACUGGUGAAAAGCCAUAUAAAUGUGAAACCUGUGAUAAAGCCUUUUCUCUAAAAACUAAUUUCACGGCUCAUUCAAGGAUACAUACCGGUGAAUUGCCAUAUAAAUGUGAAAUCUGUAAGAAAGCCUUUUCUCAAAACUCAAAUUUAACGGCUCAUUCAAGGAUACACACCGGUGAAAAGCCUUAUAAAUGUGGAAUAUGUGAGAGAGCCUUUCCUCAAAAAGUACAUUUAAUGAAUCAUUUAAGGACACAUAAUGGAAAAAAGCUAUAUCAAUGUGAUAACUGUGAUGAAGCUUUUUAUCACAAAAAUAUUUUAAUCAGGCAUUUAAAGACUUAUAUCUGUGUAAAUUUGUUUAAAUGUGACAUCUGUUAUAGGACUUUUAAAAGGAAAACUAAUUUAACAAACCAUAUAAAGACACUUCAUUUCUGAUAUACGAUAAUUUUGAUCAAUAAGUUUAAUUUUUAACUAUUCUAUCGAAAAUAAUAUUGCUUAAAAAGUUAUCCAUUCUUGAAUGUUUUCAAACAUGUAUUAAUUAAUAUUAGUUUACUCAAAGUUAUUGACUUAAUAAUAAAUGUAUUUAUUAUUGCCUGUAAAUCAACAUGCCUGGGUUGACUACAUAUUAUUAUUUUUAAACUUUUAACUUCUAAUUAACUUGUAUUUAAAUUAUCUCACAGUGUUAUAUAUUAUUAUC